UUCAGAGUUUUGGAGUAGAUUUCUAGUGGCACGUCGCUAGCUGUGCAACUUGUCUCGGUCGUGACGUCACUUUCCAAGAUGGCAGCCCCCGUGAAGGUCCGUGUGUUGGAGCUGUACAGCGGCAUUGGAGGCAUGCACUGGGCUCUCCAAGAAAGUGGGCUGUCCUUUGAAGUUGUUGCAGCCAUCGACAUCAACACCACAGCAAAUCAGAUCUACAGACACAACUUCCCUGAUGUCAAACUUCUGCCGUCCAGCAUUGACAAACUGACAGUUGCUCAGUUUGAAGCGUGGAACAUUGACGCGGUGCUGAUGAGUCCGCCGUGCCAGCCGUUCACGAGGAUGGGGAAGAAGCGCGACGUGGAGGACAUCAGGACCAAGUCCUUCAUGCAUGUCCUCCAUCUCAUCUCAGUAGUAGAGAACAAGCCUCGAUAUAUUCUGGUAGAGAAUGUGAAGGGGUUCGAGACGUCAGCGGCGCGGCAGAGGUUGGUGGAAACGUUGAGACAGUGCAGCUACAGUUCGCAGGAGUUCCUGUUGACCCCACUACAGACGGGUGUCCCAAACUGUCGUCUGCGAUACUAUCUCAUAGCCACCCUCGCACAAGAUGGAUUCACAUUUCCGGCUUCAGAAUCCAUUCUUGAGGAGUUACCAGCGGAGGCUUCUGAUUGGCUGACUUACAAAACACUUAUCUGUGAUACUUCUGACCAACAGUCAUGUGAUCAGUCAUGUGAUUCAGGGACAACUCCAGGACAAAAUGGCGGUGUUUGUGACGCUAAUGAAAAGACUCUAGAGGAUGCAGGGGAAAAUUUGCGGCAAGUUGCUGAUGAAACUCACCAGGAAUACAGUGGCUGUCAGAGAUUGAAACAUUUUAUAGAGAAACAGUCAUGUGAAUAUUUCCAGGAGUUUUUACUGGAUGACAAGGAGCUGACUCGGUUUGUCAUCAUGGACAUUGUCCAACCUUCUCUGAAAAAGUCAGCUUGCUUUACGAGGAGGUACGGACAUUUUGUAGAAGGUGCCGGCUCGAUUGUCCAGAUGACGAGUGAUGGAGAUGCAGUUCGAGCAGUCAGCAAGUUGAAGUCUCGGGUGGUUGAUCUGCCGGAGCGCCCCCUACUGGGAGAGGAAGAACUGGACCUCCUCCGUGGUCUACAGCUGCGAUACUUCACUCCCCGGGAAAUUGCCAAUCUGCUGUGCUUCCCUCCGCAGUUCGAGUUACCGAACGAGUUGUCGAGGAUCCAGAUGUACCGGAGCCUGGGGAACAGUCUCAGCGUCCACGUGGUGUCCCUCCUCAUCCGACUCAUGACAUUGUGAUGUGCACAACAUUUUAUUUAUUAAACAUAUUUUUUUCUAAAA